AUGGACCUUUGUAUAUCGAUUCUACUUUUCACGAUAUUGUCAAUACAAAAUGAAAUUAAUUUUGCAAGUUGUAGAGAAUUCACAAUUCUAGAUAGGAGAAACACUCAUAUAGAUAUCACACACCACAGAUUGGUCACGGUAGAUAUCAAAAACUGCUCCACCAAUUCCAGAGUUUCCUGUGAUUAUGAUCCAACUAACGACAGCAGUACCUUUACACCCAACCAAGGAUACUUCAUAAACAAGGUUACCAAGCGUGAGGCUGUUCUUUGGGAUGCUAAGGACUAUGGCAACCAGUACGGCUCCCAAGUAUUUGUAGGAAAAGGUGAGAUGGGCAAUAGAGUAUUCAGGGUGUAUUUUCCAUCGCCAUUGCAAACUCGACAGUUCGAACCACCUAAACCUAUACAGCCUGAAACUACCAAACCCAAGCUAGUAACUCUUGACAUAAAAAACAAGAAGAGCACAGAGGAAAUUGACUACGAGUACGACGAGAAGCAUCGCACUCACACCUUCACACCUAACAAAGGAUAUUUAAUACACGACGUUACAAGGAAGGGUAAGGUGAUGUGGGAGUGUGAAAAGGGAGUUUACCCAGAAAUGGUACUCAUAUUACCCAAUGAAGAAGGAGAGCCAGUGUUGAGAUUCAAAUUUCCUAAAAUUGAGGAUACACCAGACGAAACGUUCGAAACAGAUCACAGACUGGUGGAUCUGAACGUGGCAGGGAAUGAACCAUCUCAUGUUUACGAGAUAAUAAUCGAUUAUAACAUUGAUAUAAGUUCUGUCGGAUACCUUUACAUCGCUAAAAGCGUCUUUAAAUUUAAGUCGGUGGGAGAGGGUUCACAUCUGGUAUGGAAGGCAAAGAAUGAAAGCGAAUGCGCCAAAAGUGUAUUAUAUAUUCGUUCUUUAAUUGGAAUAAAUAGUAAAGUAGAAAUAUUAUUUUUUGAUGGAACCGUUAAAUUCUUCUAUCAAGCGCCCUCAUCAAUUAUGGGCAAUCCAUGGAGAGAAAAUCCUUAUGAUUUUAAGGACAGAAAAUUAGAAGAAAGGCGAUUGGAACUAUGGUCAAGAUACUAUGAUGAUCCAACAUUAAGCAGGACAUAA